CCAGUCUCACCAAGGGACCAGCCAGCCGAUUCACUCGGGGGAGAUCUACUUCAACGUAGACACCUUCGAGUUCGACAAUCUGAUGGGUGAGACUGGGCAUACGUCCCAGGCGGGGGUGGGAGACCGGCCCAAUGAGGAAAGGGACGCCAAGGAGGAGACUUCUGGGGGGUCCCUUCAACGGAAGAAGCGGAAGACUGAGGAAGUCAACCAGCCUUCCCAUCAGGGGGCCCAGUCCUCCGACGCCGGCAAGGGGCCGAUAGUGCCUCGUUCUCUGGCUUUAAUGUCCAGGUCAAACGAGGAGCUCUUCCGAGCAUUCCGUGCUGAUCUGAAUGAGGUCGGCCGGAUCGGGGAGGAGUACUUCGCCCGGCUGGUGAAGUCGAUGGAUGAGGAGAAGGCCCGGAUGGAGGCCAUGAUGGUCAAAUGCCGGAAGGAAGCCUUGGCUGCCCGGGCCAAGGCAGAGAAGAUAGAGGCCAAAUGGACAGAGCAUUGUACGGUUUACCGCCAGCUCUAUGCCAAGCACGAUGGUCUCCUCAAGGCUGCGAAAGAGGCCGAUGAGCAGGCCCAGGCCAAGAUCAAUCAGCUGGAGGCCGAAAAUGCUCGGUCAGCCGAGGAAAUCGCUCGGCUGGAAGAUGAGCUGCAGAAAGAGCAAUCGGAGCGUGCCGCCCUUGCUGCUGCCUGGGCCACUCAAACGCCUUAGGAGUUUGCUGCUAAGGCGUUGCCUGACCGGGACUCUGCCACCCGCUUCUUCCAAGGCUUGUACAAGUACGAGGUCUCGGCCGGGAUCGUCGACGAAAUCGGAACGUACGGCUUUGAAAGCGGCCAGUACUCGGAGCGGAAGGCCCUCUAUGGCAUCCUUCAGCAGAGGAUCCAAAG